CAACUGCAGGAUAUGGUUAUCUCUUGUAUUAUUUUAGUGUUAGCACUUGCUUUAAGAAUCAGUUGUUCAAAUUCAACCAUGGGAGGAGGCAACUUAAAUGCAACAUUUUUGGUGGAUAAUAUUGCUUCAACAAAGAACAUCAUGUCACUCUCUAUUGAUAAUGCCUUUCGCCUUCCUUCUCCAUUGCCCACUUGGCCUUCAGGUGGAUGCUUUGCAAGUGGAUUCAUUGAUCUUGGAGGAUUACAAGUGUCUCAAAUAUCAUCCUUAACUAAAGUUUGGUCUAUCCAUGAAGGUGGACCAGAUAAUCUUGGAGCUACAUUCUUUGAACCAUCAAAUAUACCAAAUGGUUUCUUUAUGUUUGGUUCCUAUACCCAACCAAAUAAUAUUCCCCUUUUUGGAUGGACUCUUGCUGGGAGAGAUACAUCACGAGGUACGCUGAAGAUGCCAAUUGACUACACCCUUGUAUGGAGUAGUCAGAACUUGAAAAUCAAGCAGGAUGGUGUCGGCUAUAUCUGGCUGCCAAUACCUCCUGAGGGUUAUAAAGCCAUAGGCCAUAUUGUCUCGACCUCGCCUCAGAAGCCUUCUCUGGAUAAAGUCCGUUGUGUUCGUGAUGAUCUCACUGAUGUAUGUGAAAGUCAUGAUUGGAUUUGGGGCGCCAAUGGCUUGAAUGUGUACUCAUCGAGACCUAGAGACAGAGGAGUGCGAGCUUUAGGAGUGGCAACAGGUGCUUUUAUGGUUCAGAACAAUGGAGCUGCAGAGUCAUUAGCUUGUUUAAAGAAUGUUAAAUCUGAUAUAUCUGCGAUGCCAAAUUUGAAACAAGUUAAGGCAUUGGUUCAAGCAUACUCUCCGCUGAUUUAUUUUCAUCCUGAUGAAGAAUACUAUCCCUCAUCAGUGACUUGGUUUUUUCAGAAUGGAGCAUUAUUAUAUACCAAAGGACAAGAAUCUUCACCUGUAGGUAUUCAUCCCACAGGUUCAAAUCUUCCUCAAGAUGGUUCGAACGAUGGUGCUUACUGGCUGGACCUCCCGAUUGAUGAUGCUGCGAAAACUAAUGUCAAGAACGGAGAUUUACAGGGUGCCACAGCCUACUUACACGUUAAACCAAUGUUUGGUGCAACAUAUACUGAUAUUGCUGUGUGGCUAUUUUAUCCGUUCAAUGGACCUGCAAAGGCUAAACUCGAAUUCAUGACCAUUUCCUUGGGGAAAAUUGGAGAGCACGUUGGCGAUUGGGAACAUGUUACAUUGAGGAUUAGCAACUUCAAUGGGGAGUUACAAGGUAUAUACUUUUCACAACACAGUGGAGGGAUUUGGGUACGUGCCUCUCAGCUAGAAUUUCAAAACGGUAACAAACCCGUGGUGUACUCAUCGCUGCAUGGACACGCUGCUUAUCCAGAACCAGGAAAGAAUUUGCAAGGGAGUGGAGAUGUAGGAAUCAGAAAUGAUACAGGAAAGGGGAAGUUGAAGGACAUAGGAACAAACUUCUUAGUAGUAGCAGCAGAAUACUUGGGUUCAACAAUAGUGGAGCCAGUAUGGCUUAAUUAUGGAAGGGAAUGGGGUCCAAAAAUUAGCUAUGAUAUAUCAAAAGAGCUGAGGAAAGUAGAAAGAUUUAUGAUUGGGAAACUGAAGAAAGCUAUUGAGAAAAUAGUGAGAGAUCUACCAAAUGAGGUUUUGGGUGAGGAAGGACCAAUAGGUCCAAAGUUUAAGGACAUGUGGAGUGGUGAUGAAAGGGGUUGAACAUUGAUAUCCACAGGAAUUUGCUUUGACCCAAUAUUUUUCUUAUCUACUAAGUCAUUUCUCUCAAAACAAGUAAAUUUGGUAAGACAGUAAUAACAAUGAAGAUUUCUCAAAAGUAUUUCAUUCUCUCUGUAUCCUCAUAAUAAAUUAAGUACAUAUUCUUUAGGCUCUGUGACUAUCUAUUA